AAGAUUUCAGUGUUCGACGUGGUUUUGCCCAAACCGGGUUGCGGGUGAGUCAGCUGGAAAAGUGCUCCGAGAGAGAAUCCCUAAUCCGUGCCCCAAGACCACCCUUCGUGUGCGUGAACGAGACGGCUGAUUGAGGAAAAACUUUUCAACACACAAAACCCAGCCAUGAUUUGUGCUAAUACCCAAAUUGGGAAACUAGUGUCAAUCCGCGUUCUAACCGAACAAGUCAACUGAAUUUCCCAACUCUCCAUUGGCUUUUGGCCCCAAAUAUCCGCGUGUGAAUUUCGAGGGUUGUACACCCCUGCGACAAUGUUGACGCGAUUUUUUGCUUUUUGAUCUAAUUUUGAAACUUUUAAUUUUCAAACUUGGAAUACUGGAAGAAAGGACUAAGGACAGUUUAUUAUUAUUAUUAUUAUUCAAGAUGGAAAUUGGAGAGUCAGUGCAUUUACCAUUAGAUUUUAGUGUAAGUGAAAAGAAUCAUUUCAACAGACAAUUGAACAAUGAGAACAAAUCAAUGAUGCUCACGCAGCAGAAUGGUUCAACGUCAAGUGCUUUCAAAGUUGUUACACCAAAAGGGAAAUCCGACGUUCUCAAUGGUGGAGGAAUCCCUCUUCUUUUUAAUGGAAACUUCAUGAAUCCCUACAGAUUUAUGAAUCCCAUUGCUCCCAGAGUUAUUGCAUCGGGUAUUACAGAUUUAACAAAUGGCAGUGACGUUCUAAAGUGCAAAGAUGAAAUAAAAUUCGGCGUGAAUCGCUUAGUUGAGCGAGUUGAUUCAGAAGAUGAGGACAACAACAACAGUACGUAUCAACACAAAACACCACCAUCUGUUUGCGAUUCGCCUUCAAAUCUGAGUGUCGUACGCAUCAAAUCGCGAUCUAGAAGUCGUUCAAAGUCACCAGAGGGAUCGAGGUCGAGAUCAAGUUCUCCUGAACUUGAAGUUGAUUCACCACCACCUCCCAGAAUUACCGAAUCACCCACAACGGAAAUCUCCAGUCAGUUAGUUAAAAAGUCUGAGGCAUUUUCAGUCUCAGCCUUACUACGACAGGAUCAACCAAAAGCCUCUAAAUCCCCAACAUCUAUCUCCAGCACGUUUGACAUGCUAAGGCCAAACUACCCUCCUAUGUACGAUCACAACAUGCUGUCGAGGCCUCUGUUCCACCCUUUUCCCUGGAUAGCUGCUGUAGCCCUACAACAAGGUCAACAAGUCGCAAACUCACCCUCCAAUUACCAUCCAACAACCAGUGAGGAUUUUGUGAGAUUUCGCAAUUUUAUGACCCAAACAGCCACAGGUGCAGCAUCUGGAAACCACCUCAACUUCACCCACCCUCACCAUGUUCAUCAUCAUCAUUUUUUCAUGCGACAAGGAAUGCCACCGCUAAUCGGUGACAUCUUCUCCUGCAUCAAAUGCGAAAAGAACUUCUCAACAGCACACGGCCUCGAGGUCCAUGCCAGAAGGUCACACAAUGGCAAACGACCCUUUGCCUGUGAAUUGUGCAACAAAACCUUCGGCCACGAAGUUAGUCUAAGUCAACACAGGGCUGUGCAUAAUGUAGAAAAGGUUUUCGAGUGCAAACAGUGCGGAAAAGCCUUUAAGAGAUCGAGUACCUUGUCAACACACCUCCUUAUUCACAGUGACACGAGGCCAUACCCGUGCUCCUUCUGUGGCAAGAGAUUCCAUCAGAAGAGCGACAUGAAGAAGCACACUUACAUUCAUACUGGUGAAAAGCCACACAAAUGCCAAGUAUGUGGAAAAGCCUUCAGCCAGAGCUCCAACUUAAUUACCCACAGUCGAAAGCACACAGGAUAUAAGCCAUUUGCCUGUGAAUUGUGCCACAAAGCAUUCCAGCGGAAAGUCGAUUUGCGACGCCACAAGGAGACACAACACACUGAACUAAGACCACUGGUCAACUAACCACCAAAUGACUCAACAUGCUCCUAUCUUCUCUCUGGCCUGGACAUCCCCCCAGAACUCUGGAAAAGAUUUUCACCUCUCACACCAUCUUGAGAGAAACUGCAGAAUCCAGAAUCCGAAGGACCAACUUUUGGGGCGCAUGAAAAAAAAUAUUAAAUUCCACACAUUUUUUUUCUCUCUACCGACCAUCAAAAUCUGUGAAGAAUUUUAAUUGUUAUAUAUGAUGAUUCUAUUGCUUAAUCUUCGCAAAAGAAACUAUAAAAGGGGAAAAAAUUCUCCUAAAGAAGAAGUGUGUUUAGAGAAGAUUAUAUCCUUUUAAUGUGGUGCUAAAAAAAAUAAAAGUUGAAAAUCACCUUCUUUCUGCAAACACACAUCCACAAGCAUCGUUGUGAGAGAAAAAAUAUCCCAUUCUUUUUGUAAAGAAAAUCCCAUUUAUUAAACCUAAGUCAAUUUAAGUCAGUGCAAUGAUUGUGAACCAAAAAAGCUCGGGAAAAGAAAAUUUUCUCGUAAGACAAAAAUCAGCAAGAACAAAACUAGUUGCAGUUGUAUUCAAUUUCUUGGAUCUUAUUUUUAUAAAGUGAAAUUUGCGAUUUAGUAAAUGAAGUAUGAUUAGAAUUUCAAAUUUAUCAGAAAAGGAGGCUGUUAGAACAAUGGUUCGCUUCUUAUCUAAAAUCUCUCUUCUGCAUGGCAUUAUAAUCCCCUAAGUGUGUCUCGGAUAAAAUAGAAAUAAGAAAAUAGAAAAAACUCACAAACGAAUUUGAUCUAAUGGAUAUAUACAAAUGAGAUACCUUUCUUUAGUCCCUCUAUCUGACCGUAGGACUAUUCUCUAACAAUGUGACUAAUUUAAUUAAUAAACUUUGGAGUUGGAACAAAAUCACUAAAGAGAAAGCAGCAGAUAGAAAAGAAUUAAAUUAAAUUAAAUUCAAAGUUAUAAAUGUCCAAAAAA